AUGAGAGAGGACGCAACCAAAGAGGAGGGAGAGGGCAUCGCCAAGCACACAUCUUGGUUCAAUGUGCGCAAGCCGGACCCUCUGCCGGAGCUGUCUCGCAAGCGACUCCCGCCUCAAGGGAUCGGCUGCCUGUACCCUGGAGCCCUGUUUACCGGGACACAAAGGAGCGGAAGAAGCACGUACGAUGUCAGCGUGCGCAUCGUCAAUGUUGACCUGCCGUCGUCGAUGCUCUGCGGGUACCUCAACAUCCGCGGCUUGACGGAGGACUGGCCGGAGCUGACAACAUACUUUGAUGCUGAGAUCAUUGGCUCUAAGCACGGCUUCAUCACGGGGAAAUGGGGCGCGACGGAGGCGGACGAUCAGAAGCAUUGGUCACGCUUCUUGCCUUUUCGACCGCUGAAGCCUGCGCUCGUAAAGCCUGCGCUGACGUUCAACCACCUCAACAAGCCAUACGUCUUCAUGCGGUGGAAGGAACGCUUCCUCGUGCCUGAUCAUCGCGUGCGCGAACGCGACAUCAAUGGUGCUAGCUAUGCCGGAUUUUACUAUGUCUGCGUAGAAUUGGGCGACGAUAAUUUGAGCAGAUAUUUUACUUCGCCAUCGUCCUCAUCAGCCGCCGCCGCAGGCUCCAGCCCACCCACUUCGCCCGGCGUGCAAUUACGCCGGCCGCAGAGCCAGACCCGCGGACGUCUGUCCGAUGCGCACACAUCGGGCUACUGGACCACCGUCGGCGCUGCACCACCCGCGCAUGGCAAUGUCACGGUAUCGAUGAGCGGGUACUAUUUCCAUGAGAAUUCAGAACCAUACCAACAGUUAUCGCUUGCGCACGUGCCAGAGCGUUCCAGCUCUUACUUCGAGCUUCGUUGA